AAAUGCAUAGCCAUUUCUAGCCCGUCCUCUUAUACAGAAGGGACGGUACAAUUUUGCUGAGUAACAAUGGCGAACGGGACGUUAAUUUACGGUAUUGUCUUCUUAUGUCUAGGUUUAGUCACAUUACGAGAACUGACACAAACGGAAGCAUCUUCCGAUGACCGGCCAGCCAUGAAUCUCUCAAAAUUCAGUGGCCCAACGUUGAAAUUCUUUUACUGUAUUUCCUGAGGAUACCGGCAGGUGUUCGAAGAGUACUCCCAUCGACUUCGAACACGUUACCCGGAACUCAGCAUCGAGGGAGAAAACUUUCCAGCCCAUCCGGUCCGUCGUUACCUAGCGAGUGCGGCCAGCAUUCUUAAGAUUGGGCUGAUCGUCCUUAUAGUCAGCGGUGGCAACCCUUUCCCUGCCUUGAACCUUGACACCCCUGGACUUUGGAGUUGGGCCAUCGAAAACAAGGUCUACUCCUGUCUAAUGUUGUUCUUUAUAAGUAAUGCCAUAGAAACACAGCUUCUUUCAACAGGCGCCUUUGAGAUCUCACUAAAUGAUAUGCCAGUGUGGUCCAAGUUGGAGUCGGGCAAGGUGCCACGUUACCAGGACCUUGUGAACAUCCUGGAGAGCAGUAUGAAACUCAGCUAUCAGCUCUAACGACAAUACAAACAUCUCAAACAGGUAUACAAUGUUCGUCUGAACGUCCAAUCCUGCCUCAGUUGACUGGCGGCCAUUUUCUAUCCAUCCCGUGCGAGUUUAUGAAGGUCAGCGCAUAAACCAGCCAACCACGCUGGAUGUGCUGACUGGAACCGCUUUACGCCCUCGCUUGGCCAUGGGAGAAACUGGACGUAGAAACCAACCAACUGCGGCAGGCUUCUCUAAAAAAGUAUUCUAGACAAGUGUAAAUUUUUGAAAUAAUUAUUUGUACACGUGUACAAUAUUGAAAAAAUCAAGGAAUAGUAUGUGUACAUUUUUAACAUUUAAGAUGUUAGGAUGUUUGUUUAUUUUGAAGGUGUUUAAAUUAAAUUAAUAUUGUGCAUUUUCGUCAAGUUUUGAGGUUAGGUUAUUUUACUUUCAAGAUAAGUUUUUUUAAAAGAUUUAUGGUGUUCAUUUGACGAAUUUUUUCUUCCCUAAUAUGCAAUAUCAAAAUUACUUGAAGUACUAUGUUGGUAAAAUCUGGAGCUGGUUGGAAGGGAAGACUUGUGCCUGUUUUCCAUGAACCCAAUAUCAUGCCUGCUUGAAUGACUAACUAGUAAUUAAAGCCAUUGGACCCUUUCGGUAAACAGUAUUGUCCAAGG